CAAAAUUCUGGUUACAUUUAUGGUACACACAGUGACAUCACUGAGAUCGAGAGCUUUAGCUCGAGAUCGAACAAGUGAAGAUACUUGUUGCGCUGCGCUAGCUCUUCCACAGAUAUUUACGUAACCGUUGAGCAGCUCAACAUUUCCAUGUAACCACGAGCGCUUGGUUACUGCUUUACGGAGGCUCGAUGAUAGUACGGAGGAUGCUGAUACGGAGGAUGCUCACUGAUACGGAGGAUGCUCACUGAUACGGAGGACGCUCCCUGAUACGAAGGACGCUCCCUGAUACGGAUGACGCUGAUCUGAUACAGAGGAGACGCUGAUAUGAUACGGAGGAGACGCUGAUAUGAUACGGAGGACGCUGAUACAGAGGACACUGAUACGAGUUGCUGAUACGGAGGACGCUGAUACGAUACGGCGUUCUCCUGCUGGUGUUUUGCUUGUUUCCCCCUGCAAAUCAAUAUUUCUAUGGUGUUUUCUACACGAGCUUGUACUGGAAUAGCAAUCAAGAUCAGUUUUUUCAAUGAAAACUGCUCGCAUUUUUUAUUACUAAUACUACCGUACGUACAGUACUGUAUUUAGUGAAGACAGUUUUUAGUUUCUUGUACCUGUCGAGGUGCAUAGUACAAGCGCGCACAAGGGAACCAGUGCGCCUGUUUUUGUAACCAGACCCUUUUUUUUUGUAACCACACUACUAGUGUUAUCGUGGUGAAAAUAUGGGCUCUCCUUAAGGAAGGGUUUGGUUACAAUUUCUGGUUACAAAAACUCAAUCCGCGCGCUUGUACCAUGUUGAGGUGCGUGUAUUUAAGCAAAAAAUAACUAGCGUUUGUUAGUGUUAGUUUUUUGUAUCCGCGCAGUAACUAAGCGUGCAUGGUUACAUGGAUAUGUUGAGCUGCUCAACGGUUACAGGAUAAACAUCAAAUAACAAAGCUACCACUUUUAUAUUCUGUAUGGUAACUGUGGAGGAGCUCGCGCAGCACGUGUACCAAAAUCGAUUUUGGUACACCAGUAACGUCACUGAGGCCGAGAGCUUUAGCUCGAGACCGAAGUGACGUUACUGCAAGUAUCUUCAACAAGCUCGAGAGCUUGUUGAAGCAACCCCAACCCCAGCUGAAGCAGAGCUCCUCCACAGUUAUUUUACAUAAUCGUUGAGCAGCUCAACAUUUCCAUGUACUCAGCGCUGCUGCCGAAGGCAGCAGCAGCGCCGUUGCUGUGAUUGGAUCCAGCAAAUGAACUACAAGCACUGCCUCCUCCAAUAUAGGGGAUUGGGCUCUUUUCCCUCCCUGGUCCCUCUCCGGAUCCAGCAAAUGAACUACAACAAGCACUGCCUCCACGAUAUAGGGGAUUGGGCUUUUUUCCCUCCCCGGUCCCUCCGGAUUGCUGCAAAUGAACUACAAGCACUGCCUCCUCCGAUACAGGGGAUUGGGCUCUUUUCCCUCCCCGGUCCCUCUGGAUGCUGCAACCAAACUACAAGCAUUGCUUCCUCUGAUGUAGGGGAUUGGGCUCUUUUCCCUCCCCGGUCCCUCCGGAUUGCUGCAAAUGAACUACAAGCACUGCCUCCUCCGAUGUAGGGGAUUGGGCUCUUUUCCCUCCCCGGUCCCUCCGGAUUGCUGCUUUUUUUCUGUUUUGGAUGAAAAUUGGCCUGAUUUCAUGAUCCUGGUACAAAUUUCACGUAGGAUUUGAGCAAAAUCCAAGCCUUAAAUCAGUACUGCGUAGUACGUACUUAUGGUUCAGUCUUUCUUUCAUCUAUUGUGUUUGGCUUGAGGUGAACCUUCUACAAACAAUAUCAUUAAGUAUUCAACUGCAUCAGCAUCGAAUCAAAGACUAAUGAUCAUUACCUUUAUAUACAACAAUGAUUAGAAAUGAAUAUAUUAUUCUUCACGCUACUAAUUGUAUUGCACUAAUUGUAUUGCCGCUGAUAUGUUGCUGGAAGCUUCGCUCCUCCUCAGCAGCUGGAAGCUGCUUGUUACUACUAAAUACUGCUGUACUUGCUGUAAGCAAAGCUGCUUGCUUUUGCUUGCAUUGAUCUUCAUUACAUAAAACAACACGACGGUUGACGCUGUUGUUGCUGCUGGUGCAAUGACGACUGCAACGUUGCGAUGAGCUGCUGUUCAAGCUUGAGCUCAUUUGCUGCAGACUCAAGUUUCUUUUCAAGGGAAGCAGUCUUUUCUUUCUCCCAUUCAAGCUCUUUUUGCAUAAACUCAUCCUUCCCCUCACGAAUACCAAUUGCAAGCUUCUUUUCCUGUAACUCACUUGUCAGCGCCGCAAUUGACUUCUUUGCUUCAUCAAGAUCCUUUUCAAGGUCGUGGGUGAGUCGACGUUGUUUCUUGUUAGUAUCGAUAUCAACAAGAGAUGUGGUGGACUCAACAGCUUCAGCUUUUCUUUUUGCUGCAACUGCAGAUGCUUUUUUUAGCUCUGCAAGAAGUUCUACUUAAUUCAGUACCAGGGGAUGACAAAAGAACAUUCUUUUUAUUGGUCGAUGGCUCAGCAAUGAUUUGCUUUGUUGUUUGUUGCGGUGCCAGUGGGCAGACUACUUCUGUCUUCUUCUUGCUAGUAGAAGGCAAAGAUGAGGCUUGAGGAGGCUUCUGCUUAUUGAAGCCAGCAUGAAGAGUAUUUUGUACUCUCUUUUGAGUUGUCGACGUUGCAUGGUCAUACACUCGAGAGGACUUUGCACUCUUAUGCCUAAGAUGAUUCAUCUUGAGCUUCUCAGGAACAUUCACAUCAGAUGCUAACACAGUACAGCAUCGAUGUCUGUUAUCAUGAGGAGUGAACUUAUCAGCAUCAUUGUAUCCAGCAGCCUGUGCCACUUCACAGACCCACUUCCUUACAGCGUCCUGGCCUACUGGCAUUGAAGACUUGAAAUGAUACGGACUAUCCUUAUGUCUGUGCUCAUUGGUAUAACACAAGAACCUUUGCUGUUCCGGAUGGCAUCUCUGUCUAUAGAAGAAGAUCAGCUUUACAAUGCAAUACGGAUUGGUCUUGUCCUCGACUACCAUGGGGAACAUUUCACUUACAGUUGGAUUGUGCAAGCUGAGCUGAUUCCCCUUAUCGAAGCCUCCACCGGGAGCGAUGAUCACAUAUCUAUCGCUCUCCAUCUUUCCAAGGGAGAAGCUUCCAAGCUUCAUGAAGCUCCAAUUAAGAAAGACGAUUUCAUCCCUUCCCCUGAGACCAAACUGUCGGCCCAGUUCCAUGGUGAGGAUCUUCAGCAAGUCCUUCAUAUUGGAAUAAGGCUUGUAUACACCAGUUUGAAGCAAGCUUGCAAACUUAGCAUUCCCAUACUCAUCAAAGGAAGCCUUAUUCCUCUUGGUUCCAAGCGUUGGGUCAACAGCGCGCUUCUUGUUCCAAUCAAGCUUGAUAGCACUAUGGAAUGACCCCUUUCCUUUGAAGUCAGCUUCAUUGAACUGGAUCCCCUUCUUGUGGAAGGCAGAGAACAGCACGCGGACAUACACCGAAUGGGUGUUUGUAUCCAGGGGCUCUCCGGUCUUGGUGUUCUUAAUGUUAAACGUCCAGAUCAUAAGGGCUUGAUUCAUCAGAGUCUUCUUGAGGGCGUCCUUUUUACCAGCAACGUUCUUGUAGAAUAAAUAGUCUUCAGUUAGCCCAUCAUUCAUAGGGACCUUCUUGGUGAACAUCUCAUACAUCACUGAGUCUCCAGGACUGUUUGUUUCUGGAUUUGUAGCCUCAAGGAUGGUUUGAACAAAGCGCUUGAGGCAUCCGUAUCGUUUUGAUGCAUACCCCUUGGUGUUUGAUUCAGCUGUUGCAUACUCAUCACUCCCCAGCGUGUUGAAGGCGUUUGGGUUAUUAAUGAGCUUUCAAGCUUUGCUUGUUCGGCGCAUUCGGCAACAGUAGUAGCAGUUGCAGCAGCAGCAACAGCUGCAGCUGGGGCCAGUGCUGGUGGUGGUGCCUUUGUUUUUUUCUUCUUGUUCUUCUUUGCUGCUGCUGUGGCAGCAGCUUUCUUCUUGUUUAUUGCGGAUACAUUGGUGGUGCGUUUCUUCUUGUUGUUUGUGUAUGGAUUUCGGAUUGUCGAUGGUCUUUGAUUUGCUGCUGGUGUAGUCUUGUCUGCUUGAUCAAGAGAUACUCUUCUUGGUUUUGUUGCAGCAGCUGCUGCAUCUUCUUCUGGAACCAACUGGAUUCUUCUUGUUGUUGGUGCUGCGCUUGUUUGACUGGGCGCCGGCGCGUUUUCUUCUGUCCCCCAAGUUACCUCAGCACCAAUGCUCUUCCAGCUUGGAUCUUGCUGUGAGGAGCAGAACAGCUUGUUUUUCUUUUGAGCACUGUAUUGAGACAGUUCUCUCAAGCUCUCCCUGAAUUCUGGCCACGCGCCGCAGUCGACGCUGUCAUCGUCCUUGUUCUUCUUCUUCUUUGCCAGAGGCGUUGUUGACUUGUUGCUUCUGGUCCUCAUGGUUGUUGUUGCCUGUUGUGUGUUUUGCUUGUUUUGCUUGCUUUUUUUUCUUGCUUCCCCCUGCAAAUCGUGAUUUCUAUGGCAUUUUCUAUCUGAGUUUGUACUAGAAUAGCAAAAAAGAUCAGUUUUUUCCAUCAAAAACUGUCACGAUUUUAGUGAGUACAUGUACUUUGUAGUACAAAUAGUACUAUUCAGUACUCAAAAUCGUGAGAAACCAAGACUGUAUCUGUUGAGGAUGGUCGCGUGGUUACAAGCGCACCGGUGCGCUUUUUGUAACCAGAUUUGUAACCAGACUGAAAAAAAUGUAACCAGAUUACUAGUAGUAGUAUCACGGAGAAAAGAAGGGCCUCUCUAUAGGGAAAAGUUUAGUUACAAAAUUCUGGUUACAAAAUUCAGUCCGUGCGGUUUUGUAACCAGUUGAGGUGCAUGUACUACUUAAGCAAAAAAUAACUAGUGUUUGUGCUGCUCAACAAAUCCUGUACCUAAAAAAUACUACGAGCCCUGAGUACAUGGAAAUGUUGAGCUGCUCAACGGUUACUGCCGUAACCGUUGAGUAGCAUCAAAAUUACAUGUAACCACGCACAAGGCUGCUGCCAACAAAACAAUUUAUCAAAUUUAACCUUGUGACGAGGCAAUUGGAGGGCCAGAACCAUCCCUUCUAGAGAUGACAACGAACCUUGUCCACCGGUAGACGAUUUACCAUUACAGAACACCGUAGAUUGCUUUGAACGCACCUGAGACCAGGGUUUCUACAUGCCCUCUUGCAAAUAGUUUAAGCCUUGAAUGGAACAAAAAUCCGUUGACGGACUCAACAGAAAAAGGCGGCCAAAAUCAAGACUGAAUGCACGCUCCCCAUUUCCAAAUCCCGGUGACAUUCCGGUGAGAUUUCCUCCCCAGUUGUUACAGUACGAAACGUACUACGCAAAAUAAUUAAGGGAUGGGCAACUUUUUCGCACCUCCGCCCCGACCCAAGAGUUGACACUGUUAAAUGUCAAUAGGCUAUUCUGCCGUAAGAUUCUACGUGUGUGAGUAAUGGAUAGCUUUCCUGGUGUCGGAAAAAAACAAUCUCCUGUUCUCUCCGAAUUCAGAUCAAAAUGGCACAAUUCACAAAUCUUGCUGUCACCUGCGUACCAAAAAAGAAUCGAUUUUUUUUCCUUUCUUUUUUAGGUGCAGGUAGCAACGCAAUUAUUGCCAACGCGACGACAUGAACACCAACGCGAUAUUGACCCGAAUCCUUGCCUCCUUCUGCCUUCUUUUGGCAGUAGCUGGAUACCUCAAGGGUGCAAAAAGCGGCGAAGAUCACCGAAUUUUGAGAAUCGACAUGAAAGGCGGCAUGAAAGGCGGCAAGAAAGCCAUGGAAGUCAUGAAAGCCAUGAAAGCCACGAAAGCCCCAACCCCAACCCCAGUUGGGGUGGGUGUCAGUGACACUUGGCCUCCUUGGUAUCAGCGACACCCAUGAAAGGCAUGAAGGCGGCGAGGAUGAGCAAAUUUUAAAACCCAGGGCCAUGGGCGGCAUGAUGGGCGGCAAGACAGCCAUGAAAGUCAUGAAAGCCAUACGGUAGGUGGGAUGAGUGUCGGCGGUUCCGAUUACUAUUACUAUUUUGGCUAGGUCAGAACCAUCACUUCUAGAGAGAAAGACGCUCCUAUCAUUUCAAAGUACAUUAUUCAAUAUCACUCGUACCGUGUAAAUGGAAUACAUCACUUACUGAAGCAUAUUAUAACCUCCAGGAAUCGCCAAGAACGCUGAGAUUGCCCUUGUUAUCGAGACGAGUCUACGAGGUCAGCAAAGUACCAAAUGCUCAGCAAAAACAAACACCUUGCCAAACA